AUGAGCCAUUUCUCUCAGGUGAUCUGGCGCAGCAGUGAGCUCGCGGGUUUCGGCAUGGCCGUUUCCGAUGACGGGCACAAUGUAUACGCUGUUGGCAACUACACUCCACCGGGCAACGUCGUUGGCCACUGGAACCAGAAUGUGCCUGCACCCGUCAACGGAAAGAUUUGGGUGCCGGAUCGCAGCGAGUACAUGUGA